AUGUUCUUUCUGUACAACCUCGAGCGCAGGGUGACCCUGCACCCUUCAUAUUUUGGCAAAAACAUGCACGAACUGGUGACAGGCAAGCUCUUGAAGGACGUCGAAGGCACCUGCACAGGCAGCUACUACAUCAUCUCCAUCAUGGAUACUUUUGAAAUUUCAGAAGGUCGCAUCCUUCCGGGCAGCGGCCUCGCCGAGUUCACAGUAGGCUACCGAGCAGUCGUCUGGAGGCCAUUCAAGGGCGAAACGACCGAUGCUAUGGUUGUCUCUGUCAACCAGCAUGGUUUCUUCGCUGAGGCCGGUCCCCUGCGCAUCUUCGUCUCGACCCACUUGAUACCACAAGAAGUCAAGUGGGAUCCCAACGCGACUCCUCCGCAGUUCACAAACAACGAGGACACCACGAUUGAGGUUGGCACCCACGUACGGGUAAAAAUCCUCGGUACACGUGCCGAGGUCGGUGAGCUUUGGGCCAUCGGCAGCAUAAAAGAGGAUUACCUUGGCACGCUGCAAUUCUGA